AUGGCGCUCCCGCUUUACAUUCCGCUCUGUAUUCACACUCCCGCCGGCCGGUAUCACCUUCCACGAUCUGAUCAACCCCUCAGAAUCCAAAUUGAAGGCCCCCUGAUCGCCAUACAAAGGCUCCUGCCAGAUAUCCCGUGGCGUCUAGAUUUACCAGGGCGAACACUCCCACAGCUAGCAGGCCCGGAGUUGAUUGGCUAUUAUGGUGUAACAUUUGACCAUCUUGUCCCAACUCAUGAUAUCAAUCCUGAGGUCUUACAGAUCAACAUUAUCGAGAUUGAGGAUGAUAAUGGUAUUUAUGCAAAUACAUGGCUGUCAUUUGCAAUAGAUCCGACUAACUUUAUUGAGAAGAAGGUCCUGGCAGUGCCGAGAUGUUGCCAAAAGAGAAAGGGAACACAAGAUCGCUGGCAAGUGAAUGCACUUGUGGACCAGAGGGUUCAUGGGUUGGAACAAUUGAAAGGAGCUAAAGAAUGA